GUAUUUCGUCAUUUGCCAAAAACACUGUUACACCAAACCUCGCGACUGCUCUAGUAAAGGGCGGACUCCCCAAGACUUUCCCUCUAUUUCUGAAAACGCCAAACACAAGUUCAGCGCUCUGUUUUUCGGAUCUCGAAAAUGCAGAGUGCAGCCUUCACCCUCUCUUCUUCUCCUUCAUUUCCAUCUUUCAAGCCACGGCGGCCUCUGAAUAACCCUACUUUCGCUCCUAGAUUUGAUCCUAUUCGUGCCUCUUCCAAACGACAGGAUCUAGACACCUCAACUAAUGUCGUUUUCCCCCGCCGAUCAUGGUCUUUCUCUUCUUCUCCCUCUCUUUUCAGGCCAUGGAAUCCUCUGCCUCCUCUGGUUUCUGAACCUAAAACGGAUGGGUUUGAGGUUAGAGCAACGCCUGUGCCCGAGAGUGCCGGUGAGGGCGAGAAGUCGAAUAGCUUAAUGAAGACUUUGGAGCUUGGAUUGUUGUUUGGCCUUUGGUAUCUUUUCAAUAUAUACUUCAAUAUCUACAACAAGCAGGUUCUGAAGGUAUUUCCAAACCCAGUAACUGUCACUGUAGGUCAGUUUGCUGUUGGGACAGUGUUAGUCAUUCUGAUGUGGACUUUCAAUCUUUACAAAAGGCCAAAAAUUAGUGGAGCUCAGCUUGCUGCAAUUGUUCCACUGGCAGUGGUUCACACACUGGGCAACCUUUUCACUAAUAUGAGCCUCGGGAAAGUGGCGGUUUCAUUUACACACACAAUCAAAGCUAUGGAACCUUUCUUCUCAGUUGUUCUAUCUGCCAUGUUUCUUGGCGAGUUUCCUACUCUCUGGGUAGUUUCUUCCCUUAUACCAAUUGUUGGUGGUGUAGCACUUGCAUCAGCAACUGAGGCCUCCUUCAAUUGGGCUGGGUUUUGGAGUGCUAUGGCAUCCAAUUUGACAAACCAAUCUCGUAAUGUAUUAAGCAAGAAGGUCAUGAUUAAGAAAGAGGAUUCCAUGGACAACAUUACUCUGUUCUCAAUAAUAACAAUAAUGUCCUUUAUCUUGUUAGCCCCUGUGGCUGUCUUCAUGGAAGGGGUCAAGUUUACUCCUGCAUAUCUCCAAUCUGCUGGCUUGAAUGUUAAACAGGUGUACACAAGGUCUCUUAUUGCUGCUCUCUGCUUCCAUGCCUAUCAACAGGUUUCAUACAUGAUAUUGCAGAGGGUAUCACCUGUUACUCACUCUGUAGGCAAUUGUGUGAAGCGUGUGGUGGUCAUUGUCAGCUCCGUUCUCUUCUUCAGAACGCCUGUGUCACCUAUAAACUCUCUAGGCACUGGGAUUGCCCUUGCUGGAGUUUUUCUGUAUUCAAGAGUGAAGCGCAUUAAGCCAAAGCCGAAGACAGCUUGAAGUUAGGCAGAGCAUUUUUGCAUUUAAAUGUGGUUAUUAGACAUAGGUUGGACAACUUCUUUGUAGCUGAGGCCAGAAUGUCGAUUAUGCUUUUGUUUUCUUAAUCUUUCUUUUUCCCCGGUUUGUUACUUUGCAUUUGGUUUGUUCAUUUACUUCUACUGGGAUGAUUUGUUUUUGUAUACUUCCUGCGCUCAAAAAAAAUUACAGGGUGCAAGUUAAUUUUUAGCAAACAUCUACAAAAUA